CAGUAAAGUGAGUCUACGAACAGAGAUGAUCGCGAUUCUAUUACUCUGCGCUGUGUCCGGUGCUGCGGAUGGUCUUUACCGGGCCGAUUACAGCUACCACGAAGGAGCAGGAGGAUGGUUCAAAGUCCACAAGGUACCCGCCGUUUGGAACGACGCUAGGUUACGGUGUGAAUUAGAAGGGGCGGUGCUCGCUUCACCGGUAAACGAGAAUGUUACGUCAGCACUGAUAGAGUUUAUGGAGGAGGCAGGCCUGGACUUGGAGUGCGGCAUGUUCACUGGCACCAACGCUCGGUUCUCGAAGGGCGACUACUAUUCCAUAGAAGGAGUGCCGUUGUGGCGGAUGCCGGUGGAUUGGAUGCCGUUGGAGCCCGACAACAAGAACAACAAAGAGGAGUGUAUCGUGAUGGUCGGUAACUUUUCAAUCGCCGAUGCCAACUGCUCGCAGACCCUGCCCUACAUCUGCUACAAGAAAGCAAACGAAUCUAUGCCCAUCAACGAAUGUGGCACGUCAGAUAACGAUUAUAAAUUAUUCCCUAAUACUUGCAAUUGCUACAAGUACCACACGAAGCCUCGUACCUGGUCUGAAGCAUUUAUGACGUGUUCCGCUGAAGGUGGAUAUUUGGCCAUCCCCAACAACAAGGACGAAGCUAUUCAUCUAAGUAACAUGUUUAAGGACAACAUCGGAAAAGCCGCCAACACCACAUAUACGGAAGUCAUGUUUCUGGGAUUUAAAGAUAUUGACAUAAAUGGAUCGUGGUCUACUAUACACGGAUCCAGGAUGAGCGACUACUAUUUCGAAUGGCAUAAUGGCCAGCCAGAAGGAAAAAAUGGAAGUACUACCUGUGGAGCCAUGUACCAAGACGGCCUGUUAGACGACUAUUUCUGUACGAACAAAGCGACGUUUGUGUGUGAAAAGGCUGUGCACAGCUUAUUAUGAUUAAA